CGUAGACGUAAGGUCGCAGUGCCGCUGGUCCUGCACAUGCUCUGCGAUGCGGAAAUCCAGCAGGCGGAGCCCGCCGGGGACGUGGAGACCAAACAGUGCCUCGCGGAGCGGAAGGUGCAGGCCUUCGCUCACCGCAUGAACGGAGGCUAUAAGACCAAGAAGGCCCGGGAGUUCCAGAAUGCGUGAGUCGAUCUUAUAAAUAGUUACGUUUGACNCGCAUGAACGGAGGCUAUAAGACCAAGAAGGCCCGGGAGUUCCAGAAUGCGUGAGUCGAUCUUAUCAAUAGUUACGUUUGACGAUAAUAUUUCGUCCGGGCGCCACUGCACGACGGGAAUAGCUUCUCCGUCAUUCGUACGAACGUAGCGCCGUAGCGAGUACUUACAUGCAUCCUCGUAAGCUCCUCGAGGCUUUUGUUGUGGAGGACGUGUUGAGAAGGCGUACGCAUCGAUCGGUGGUUGUAUUGUUGCAGGUGUAUCAGACGCGCACGGCGGGACCUACUUGCAGCAAUUUUGCCAAGAUCUUCGCCGCAGGCCACCCACCAUCUAUCAUGCAGGGUGUUUUCUCACAGCUUCCUUUCUGUGCCCGUGCUGUUCCUUGUGUAGAUUGUGGUACUACCUGUUCGGGUUCGCCACGGGCCAGUUCCGCUUGGCCGAACCCAUCCUGCGCGUCCCGAAGAAGGACUUCACAAAGAAGAGCAUCGUCACCCACAUCGCGCCGUUCGCAGGCAAGUUUUUCCCACACGGCCGUAUUUUGUUUGUCGUAUCCUCAAUACAGGUCAUUCAGCGUUCAGGCUAGAUCAAUACAAAAGGAAGGAUAGGGAUGCCCCCGAUCCGUCCAAUUCGAAGCCCUGUCCUCAAAGAGACCGUCAUAUUCGCAUUAAUCUUGACUUCUGAUCGUGGCGUUUAUCGCGUUCGUUUGUCUUCGAACGAACGAACGAACGCAGGCGGCAAAACCGAUCUCUCUGGCCCCGAGGUCUCGAACGAGGGCGACGAGGAGGUACUGGUUCGCGAGACGCCCUUCGACCGCCCCGACGAUGUUAUCGUCGAGGCUAGCGACCUGGAUGGUUUCCUCAACAACAUGUCGCCCUGAAUUUCGUCUGCGCUAAACCCGGCAGCCUCUGUCUCCUCCCAAGUAUGCCUGACAAGUUUUUGGGGUGGGUUUCGAAGGGGGGAGACUUCAACCUCGAAGUUGCUGCUGGUAUUUCUUUGCGCGGAGUGAAUGUGGUGGCUCUGACACAGCUUCGCUGCUCGGUUGUCUCAUGUCCCCCACGGAGUUGAUGCAGUUAAGACAUCCACGCCCUGUCGCGCGGGAUGGUAUCAUCCUGGACACCCGACCUCACCUCUGCGCUUUUUUUGUAAGGUAUUUUGGAUGCGUCGGAGCUGCAUUGAGCAAUAUACACCGGCUGCGUAUCACGUCGCGCAACGGGGACCUGCGCGACGUUCGCGGUGACGGUGUAUGAUGCAUGUUGCUCAGGAUGUCGGAUGUUGCGUAGUCGCCUUCCGGGUCAACAAGGCAGAGAUUUCUUUUCUUUUCGUUUUUCUGUGUGAUCUGCUCCUGCUUUUUGGUGAAGUAGGCGGUUGGUGGCGGGGUCUUUUUCGCGUCUGUCCGAUGGCGGGAGCCUGCGCCGGCUUUGGGGGGGGGGCUUGUUCUUGAUACCUAGGUGAAUCUCUGGGGCGGCUAAAAGUCUGCAAUAGCCUUGUUGGAUGUCAUCAGUCUGUACCUUCUUGAUCAUGAUGAAUGUGAUGAUACCUUUGGUCGAGUAAAAUAUGCUGUUGGGGUGGCGCUUGGCGCGUUCCACACACAGUGUUUGCGGUGUCUUUGUCUUGUACUUCGUAUGUUUUUGCUUCUCUUCAAUGGCGGUCGUUGAAUGCCCGGUCAAAUGUCCACGUCGCUUCUUAUAUAUGGCGUCACGUCCUGGAGUGUCAGAUUUUGCUUUUUGCUUUUCCUGUGUCUUUGAAGCAUGUAUCGCGUAGGUCGGAGAGAGUAGUGAUGUGCGCGUGUCAUACAUAUACGAAACGGAGGGCAUUGUAUCACUAGAUAAUGUUCGAGUUUUGUGUACGAAGGGUCGAGAUGCGUUGAAUGAGGGAGAAUCUUCGGACAGAUGGAUCGGUGUGUCAUGGAUUUGAUAUUCUGGCGCCGGCGGUUCCUGUCGGUCGAUACUCCGGCGUGUUCUUUGUCAUUCUUCGUGUUUCCUGUGUGCGUAUAAGCAUGCAUGUAGCCGGUGAUGCGGGAGAUACUGCUGUAACCGUAGAAAACAGAGAAAAUGAACCCGUUUCGCAAAAUCACCCCCCCAAAGUGCACAGCCGGACUCACCGUGCCAUGGUUGGUAGGCCUUGCCCUGACAAGGUUCCAGGACACCCCGGCCGUGUCAAGGUGGCAACCUAAGCGACACCUUGUCAAGGUCGUAGCCCUGGGACACCUUAGAAUGUGGCACCCUGUAUAGCUGCAAAAUCUGGUACCCUGCACGAGGUCCUCCCCCGUAACCCUGGAGGGGUAGCCGAAUGGCUA